CCAAAACCCAGAAUCACCUCGCUUCCAAUCUUUCGAUUCUUUUCUAUUUCAUUGCUAUUUCUCUGUUUCAUUUCCAGAGUCUCUCCUUGGGUAAGCAGAAACCCUAAAACAAUUGUGGAUUUGUGUCUUCUCCUUCGAAUCUCAUCAAGUACUCCAGGAAACAAUCGAGGGAGUAAUUGGUAACAAAUCUCACCGUCUAGAGGUAAUUAUCUGCUGCCCAUGGAGACUAACCUGAAUAGGCCGCCGAUCCUCCCAAACUUCAGGUAAAACGUGCUUCUGAUUGGUGCUGUGCAGUGCAAGACCACUGGAGGACAGCAGUAUAUAUAUGAAACCAUCAGCCCAGAUGACAUUGCUACUGUUGUGUAUACAAGUGGAACCACAGGCAACCCAAAAGGUGUUAUGCUUACACAUGGAAAUCUACUGCACUAGACAAAUAACUUUUGGGAAAUUGUACCUGCUGAACCUGGAGAUAGACUCCUAAGUAUGCUUCCACCUUGGCAUAUGUAUGAGUGGGGAUGUGAGUAUUUCAUCUUUACACUUGGAGUCGAGCUAGUAUACACAACUGUCAAAAAUUUGAAGAAGCAUUAUUGAUGAACUUGAUGAAGAGCUUGAUUCUGCUCUUAACCUGUCAAACCUUAGAGCACAUCCUCCGAAGCCUAUCAUCCAUUAAUUCAACUAUGGCUGAGUUAGCAUUGUGCCAUAUUGGUUGCUAAUCAACUCUUGAUUCCUCUUGUGAAUGCAUUCCGAUAUGAGGGAGAUGAGGUCAAUAUGAUGUUAGCAAAAUCAGAGGCAAAGAUACUUCAUGAGAAGAUCUCAGACAAGGCAUACAAUGAUGAAGAGAUCAUCAGGAUUAUCUCUACAAGAAGUAAGGCACAGCUAAAUGCAACCCUCAAUCACUACAAUAAUGCAUUUGGGAAUGCUAUCAAUAAGGAUUUGAAAGCAGAUCCCAAUGAAUUCCUCAAAUUAUUAAGAGUUACCAUCAAAUGCUUGACUUGUCCUGAAAAAUAUUUCGAGAAGGUUUUGCGCCAGGCCAUCAACAAGCUGGGGACAGAUGAAUGGGUUCUUACCAGAGUUGUCACAAGUCGGGCAGAGGUAGACAUUUGGCUUUCCUGCAAAUGGUAUCCUACAAGUAACCUUUUAAAUUAAUUUUUAUUUCAAAGAUUUGUCGGCGUCUAUGAGAAUGAGACUUGGGGAUGGCUGCAUAUUAGUUGAUAACAGGAAAUCUGUUCAGGGAUUUAAUUCCAGGUUUUCAUAGACCACUUCUGAUCCUAUAAUUUUCCUUGACAAAGUGUUAGUAUGCCAAGUGCUUCUAGUUUGGAUAUUUUUGGUUCUCUAUCAUUUGAGUCUUGCUUUCUGCAUGCUGUUUGUUUGUUAGCCUAUUGCCAUGUCUUGAAUGAACAUAUUUGAAUCUA